GUCGAGGUUUGUUGUUUGCUGAAAAGGGGAAAUGACUUCUUUUCACGCAAAACUGUUCAAUCGGACAACUAUGCAAAUUGAAUAAGAAGGUUUGUAAAAAACACGUCGAAGCGCAUUAUGACGCACAUAAACUUAGGCUUGUCGACAAACCUCCUUAGUGAAUUCGGGCCACGGAGUUAUAUCAAUAUUACUCUCGUCUAUUUUACAUGUCGUAUAUGUUACCCAGCAAUACAGAAGUGAAACACGAAUUUAUAUUUUGUUUAUCAUUUCAUCAUAGCCUACCAUGGGUCGUGUUCAUGAUAUUUUAACUUCUCCCAGUUUACCUUUGGUGGUGUGUACCUUCUUAAGGACAUCCGGUACUGUGGGUAUUAUGAAGACCAUUGGAAUUUACUUGGAAGAUAUCAACAAAAGUCUUGGAACGACAUCGACGGAUCUCGGAAUUGCUCUUGGUCUCCUCAAUGCAUUCUGCCACUUACCAGCUCCUUUCCUUGCUGCCCUCUAUCGUCACCAUUCGACUCGUCGUCUGCUCCUGAUAUCUGGUACAUGUCUCCCUCCAAUAGGCGUGGCUUUGACAUCCAUGGCAACCAGCAACGCCCAAAUGGCAAUUUAUCCGUCAAUUACCGGUCUUGGAUAUUGUAUGGUUAAUAUAUGUUGUAUCAUGACAUUGCACCGUGUUGCUAAGGAGAAUUACAACCUACUUUUCAGCCUUGGUUUGACUGGAUAUGGUGCCGGAAUGGUUCUGUUACCGCUCUUAGCUGAAUUCUUACGUCAAGCAUACGGUUGGAGAGGUGGACUGCUCAUCAUAAGCGCUCUGAUGGCUAAUAUUAUCCCAGUUGGCAUGGCAAUCAAGUUGGAAUCAGAUGAGAGUAGCACACAGAGAAAUGGUUUUCAGAGUGUCCCAAGUUCUCCCAAGGGAGAAGAAUGCAAUACCAGCACAAGUCAGGACAUAACAGAUCAUUUUAUGGACAUGGACGAGGGUUUUGCCCCGCCUACUAACGAUGAAAUGUGA